UGCGCGUAUAAACAGCGCUUGCCUCUCUUCGUGAAGGGCAGAGAGGGAGAGAGAGAGAUCUCAUCGGUAAAUUUCGAAGAGAGAGGGAGGGAUCGGAGAGGUGUUCAGAAUGAGCGGUGGAGACCGGCGGAGAGGGACGGUGAAGUGGUUCGACACCCAGAAGGGUUUCGGUUUCAUCACCCCUGACGACGGUGGCGACGAUCUCUUCGUUCAUCAGUCUUCCAUCAGAUCGGAGGGAUUCCGAAGCCUGGCUGCAGACGAGGUGGUCGAGUUCGAGGUCGAGAUCGACAACAACAAUCGCCCCAAGGCCGUCGACGUCUCAGCAGGUGGUCCUCCAGGCGGCAGCGGCGGUUACGGAGGUGGCGGAGGCCGAGGAGGCGGACGCGGGUACGGCGGCAGAGGAGGCCGAGGCAGCGGUGGCGACGGCGGGUGCUUCAAAUGCGGUGAGGCCGGCCACAUGGCGAGGGACUGCAGCCAGGGCGGGGAUGGCUACGGCGGUUACGGGGGCGGAGGCAGGUACGGAGGCGGUGGGGGCGGGAGCUGUUACAGCUGCGGAGAGUCGGGGCAUUUCGCCAGGGAUUGCCCAGGCGGCGGCCGUUGAAAGGGGCAUGACCCGUCAUUUGAAGGUGUUUCGUUAGCUGCUUUGUGUGUUUUCAUUGUAGGAAAACGGGUGUGGGGUUAUGGUUGCUUGUGGAGAAGAGUAAGAAGCUUUUUCAGUCUUUCAUGGGGAUUUUCUGGUGUACGUAGAGAGCUGUCGCUCGGUUUCACGUCUUCAUUCGCUGCCUUCUCUUUCAGUUAAAGCUAGUGCUCUGUUUCAAGUGUUCAUACACAUGGAUCAGCAUCACAUAUAUACAUACAUAUGUAUGUAUAGCUUCAUGUUUCAAGUGAAUCUAAAAAGAACAACCCAAGUCAUAAUUCAAACGGAAUAUUACUGUUCUU